AUGGCAGACCCAUUGGGGAAGGGUUUGUCACCACUCGCACCGCACCUUUGGAAAUUCAGGUGGGUGCCAUGCACAAAGGCACCCAUCCUCAAACACCCAGACCCUGCAAAGCCCUUCACUGUUGAGGCUGAUGCCUCUGAAACUGGAGUGGGAGGCAUCUUGUCCCAGUGCUUCAGGGAGAAGCCUAAAUUACAUCCUGUAGCAUUCUUCUCCAGAAAGCUUACACCUGCCAAACAGAACCUCCUAGUUAUCAAACUGGCCACAGAGGAGUGGAGGCACAGGCUCAAGGGAGCCACACACCCAUUCAUCAUCCUGACUGAUCACAAGAAUCUAGAGUACCUUGUAACAGCCCCUCUAGUGUGGUGCCUGAACAUUGUCGUGGAUAUGGGAGGGAGCUACAGCAAAAAACAGUGGGUUCUCCUGGUGGCAGGUUCUAAAGGUUGGGAAAACUACAGACAUCAGGCCAAUGUGUGUCACGCUUAUCAAAUCGCACAACAGAACGGUGUUCCAGAUGAACAGAUUGUGGUGAUGAUGUAUGAUGAUAUUGCCAAAAAUAAAGAAAAUCCUGUAUAUGGAAACGUAAUCAAUGUACCAAAUGGCCCAAAUGUUUACCCAGGGGUUCCUAAGGACUACACUGGAGAGGAUGUCUCAGCUGAAAACUUUCUGGCUGUAGUGCGUGGAGAUUCAUCUGCGGUGAAGAAAACAGGACCAAAAAAAGUAAUACAAAGUGGUAAAUACGAUUCUAUCUUCAUCUACUUAUCGGACCAUGGAGCUCAUGGAAUCUUUGGAUUUCCUCAUUCCACACUUUAUGCACAUGACCUCAUUAACACAGUGAAUACAAUGUCAUGGAGCAGCCAGUUUUCAAAGAUGGUCAUUUAUUUGGAAUCGUGUCAUGCAGGAUCAAUGCUGGACAAGCUGUCAGACAGAAAUGUGUAUUCAGUCGGGUCGUGCAAGCCUGAUGAAUUUGCUUACGCUUGGUUCUGGGACAAGGAAAGAAAUACCUAUCUUGCUGAUGUCUUCAGUACUUACUGGCUUCACCACACCGAGACUGUAAAACUUAGCUUGACUUCAUUUGAAGAUCAGUUUUCCUACUUGAAGAAAAAUGUCAGCAAGGCUGUAAGAAAGGAUGUGGGAAAGACUCAGACGCCGUGUAACUAUGGGUACAAGGGCAUGCUGAAGUUAAUGCUGAGUGAAUUUCUUGGACAAUCCUCUGCUCCUGUCAGUGAAGUGUACACAUCCCAGCCCCUGAACAUUCAAGAGUCUGAUGUGGUAGACGCUACAGAAGUUCCACUGAUAAUCCAAGAAAACAGGAUUAAAAAUGAACAGGAUCCGGAAAAAAGACAGGUCCUGGAAAGACAAUAUGAGGAUCUUAAAAGAAAGAGGAAGACAGUGGAUGAAGCGCUGCAGAAGAUUGCUGAGCACAUAAACGCUUCACGGGCUCUGACUGGAAAAUGUGAAGUGACUCGCACGUAUGAACUCAAAGUCGUGGCUGAGCAUUUUAGGAAAAAUCUCUUCAACUGGGACGAGGAACCGUUUGUCAUCACUCAUUCACACCUGCAGGUUUUAGUGAAUCUGUGUGAGUGUGGCUUGGAGGUUGAGAGCAUCAUUGAAGCCAUUACUCAAGUGAGCCAGGAGAUAACUUUCUGA